AUGCUGUUUGGCUUUUGCGAGGAUUACAAACGCGUGGUGAUCAACGCGCGUCACGAACUGAUUCUGAUACGAGCGCGCAAUGACACCAAUUCCGUCAAGGGAGAUCCAGCGGCCGAGCCGAAACUCGAACUGUUCAAGAUAAAAUGGCGACUGCCCCACGUCACGUUGAACGAAGUCAAUAAACUGUCCAUGUUGCGUAUCCUGGAGAACGGACGAUAUCUCAGUAUGAGUUUCCAUUCGUGGGAUCUGUACGAGUAUCCUCUGUUACCGAGCACGACCAAGCACUCGUGGGCUAUCAAGACUACGACUCAGCUCGAGAAGCCGCGAUACGUCAUCUUUGCUCUGCAGACCGAUAGAAAGAAUAACAUGACGAAGUAUUCAAAUUACUUCGACAAUUGUAAACUAACCAACGUGAAACUCUAUCUGAAUUCCGACUUUUUCCCGUACGAUGAUCUAAAUCUAGAUUGGGACAAACGCAAAAACGCCAUUUUGUACGACAUGUUCGUACGUUUCCGUACAUCGUACUAUCAGAUCCUCCGCGAAAGAGGUGAAACGUUACUCAGGGCGGAUUUCUUUAGGGAUCGUUUCCCUAUAGCGAUCAUCGACUGCUCUCGACAGAACGAAUCGGUCAAGAGCGGCACCGUGGACGUGCGUUUGGACUUUGAACUCAAAGAGAACGCUCCCGCUAAUACCGCCGCGUACUGUCUCAUCAUACACGAUCGCGUGAUCGAGUACAACCCGCUGACCAACGUUGUGCGCAAGAUCGUCUAA